AUGAUGUUUGCACAGAAUUCUGCAUCUUUCAAAUGAUAGUUAAAAUUAAUAUUCCUCAAAAUAUUCCACCAGACAUAAACAGAAGGAACAUCCCACAAUUUAUUUUGUGAGGCUUCAGUUAUGCAGAUACCAAUCCACAAAAAGUGCUAAAGAGAAUUCCAGAACCUUAUGAAUAUACAUGCAAAAAUACUCAUAAUACACUUACAAGAAUAAAUAAAAAGUAUCAGUAAACACAGUCAAGCUUACUGUGUCUGAAAGAUGAAGGGAUAGUUUAAAAUACAAGAAUCAAUAAAAAUAAUCCACCAUACUGAAAAAAAGAACCGAAGAAAAAAAGGUAUGUUCAUCUCAUAACAUGCAGAAAUGGCCUUCGUCAAAAUAGAACACCCCUUCUCCAUAAAUGUCCUGUAAAUAUAAAAGAUUCAGGAGACAUAACUGAACAUAAUAAAGGCAGAUUACAGCAACCUUAAAACCAAGAUCAAAUUAAAUGAAUAGAAACUCAAACAAUUCCAGUAAAAUCUCUAUUUAACAUAGUACUUGAAGUCUUAGCUAGAGCUGUAUGACAGCUGAAGGAGAUUAAUAAGACACAAUUUGGAUGGCAAAGAAAGAAUUAAAAAUACCCUAUUUAUAAUUGAUAUGAUAGUAUACAUAAGUGACCCAAGAAUUUCCACCAAGAAACUCCUAUAACUCAUAAACACCUUCCCCAAAGUAGCAAAAUAGAAAAUUAAUGCACAAAAAUCAAUAGCCUUCCAUUAUACAAAUGACAAACUGAAUAAAGGAAAAAAUCAGGAAAACAACACCUUUCACAGUAGCCUCAAAAAAUAUUAAGUAUGUUGGUGUUAACUCUAUGCUGUUGAGGUUCUGUGUUUUGCUCAUAUUGUAAUGCUAGAUAGUGGCCCAAGGCCUGGUUGCCUCCUAGGGAUCAGAGAUUCUGCAGGUACUCAAGUGAUGCACUUUAUCCUUACCCCCAAAGUUAUCACUGAUUGGUGAAUAAAGAUGCCUACAGCUAAGAGAUGGGCAGAAGAGAAAGAGGCUUGGUGGGGAGGUGUGUUAGAGAAGAACCCUGGGGAGAAAGAAGGUGGAAGUAGAGGAAGCCACCAUGGGCUAAGAGUCUUAGAAUAAUGGCCAUGUUGACUGGCCAAUUGGAGUUCAAAGCAGCCCUGAUGAAACAUGGCAAAAUAUAGUGGGAUUAAUAGUUGGGAAAUAGACACAGUAGUAGCAAAGAUGAUAUAUACAUUCCUAGUUCUAGCACUGAUAAAGGCAUAUUAUGAAGAUUGUGUAUGUCUUUUACCUUGGAAUUGAAUAAUCAAAACCUGGGUAGAAACAACAGUUGAGAUUAUAUGUUUUCCACAACACAUUUCAAACAAUUGUAAGACUUCUAUGAUAAAAGAUUCAAGUUUUUGAAGACAGAAAUUAAAGAAUAUACUGGACUGUGGAAAGAUCUCCCAAGCUUGUGGAUGAGGAGGAUUCACAUAGUAAAAUUGGCCAUCCUACCAAAAGAAAUCUAUAUAUUCAAUGCAUUCCUUACCCAAAUACCAGGUUCUGAGCUACAGACCAGAGUGAUAAAAUGAAUGCCCUUUCCCGUGAGAAUUCAAGUAUUACCAUGUCCAUUUUCCUUACCAUUCUGAUCCCGAAUCCAUGAAUCCCAUCUGCAUGGAAUUUUAAGUAGUAUAAACUCAGAUCAGAAGGCAUUUUAUUUUUCCUGGCUAUCAAAAUUCUGUUGUACUAUCACUGUAUGUUUGCUUACAUGAACUGGGGCUGAUGCUGAUGUUUUCAUUCAUGUUAUGAUUGUCAGACUAUUUAUAGGAAAAUAUUUGUGCAAACUAUUUGCAUUAUCUAAUUUCUUUGCUAUUGUGGCCAUGACAAAUAUCUUGGAGUUUAACUUUAUCAGUGCUUUCCACUGCACUGUUGUACAGCUUUUGUUUCUACAGAGUGACCUUUGUCCCUGGAGCUCCCCAGAGAGCUUGCAGAGCACCCUCCCAUCAUUCUCUGUCCCAUCCGUUUUUAUCCACAUUUUCAUCUCAGUGGUCCCUCUUAUACUUCAUGUAUGCUUUGAUACAUGGUUUGGAAGGAAGUCAAACUUUGUGAGUCAUUUUUAGUAUUGUGUGUUGGGGUGCAACAUAGAAAUUGGAAUUUAUCUCUUAAACUCUUGUCUCCCUUGCCUCUUCCUCCCUUGUGCCUCCCCCUGCCCUCCAUUCCUUUCCACCCUCUCUCCAGGAGGGCAUGGCCAGCCUCCACUUACCUACUCUCUCCUUCUGUCUUUCUCUGCCUCUACUACUCUCUUAACUCCCAUCCCCAUGCCCUAAAUAAACUCUAUUCUAUACUUAAAAAAAAAAAAAAAAAGGAAUUUAGCGUCUAGGUUAUAUUUUGCUGUGCGAUUGUAGCCUAGGAGGCUAGUGUCCAAAGGUAAGAAGUUAGGCUGCCUCUCUAUUAUCUGAGGGUUUCAGAACUCACUCUCAGAUGUCAGAGUUCAGCUUCCUAUGGAACCAGUUUUUCCUAGUCUGUCAGCAAGCAGCAGGGAGGUUGUGCAGAGCAGGUCCGCAGGUGGAGCUGUGUGGCAGGAAGCUGAUGACUGAGCGGGAGGGAAUGGAAUCCCCGGGGCAGGGAUAACGGCAAGAGCAGGACCUUGACCAGAACAGGAAAAAAAUAUUAAAAAUUAAGGUUGAGAAAGCGCUUGCUCACAAAGUGUUUGGGGGAACCACGUGACCCUAAGUAUGGUUUAGUGGGCGGGUCUAGGAGAACAGCUCCUAAGAUCCAGGCCGGAAUGACAGGGACUUCCACCAAUCAACUUUCUACCUUUCGGUUUCUGCGUCCUAGCUGUUUCUGGACCCGGAAAAGUCUCCUCAGAAGCAUUUCCGUGGCAGAGGGCCUGGGAGAGGCGGCAGUCGGCAGCGCAACUGUCGGCACAGCAGCCCGGCGGCCCCGAAAGGUCCCAGGUAUCACACUCAUCAGGUAGUUCAGCUCACCUGUGAAACUGAGAACCCUGGAUGGUGAAGAGAGGAAACUAGCAAAGGAUCCAGGUCUCUAACUGCUCAGUCAGAUCUGCUCACCUGUUAAUCAGAACUAAGAGCCCUGGAUGGUGAACACAGAGGAAACUAUAGCCAAGGAACCAGUUUUGAAGCUCUGAAAUGACUGUUGCCCAUUAAAUAAAGUGUCUUUGACCCAGACUGGAAGCAGCACCAGGCUAUGGUGGUGAACUGAAACAUUUGAACAUGUUCCAAAGAGACUUGAAGUUCUUGUCAUACAGAUCUUUCAUUUCCUUCGUUAGAGUCACGCCAAGGUAAGAGUAACUAGAAGAAUGAACGCCUCUCUCCUAAAUGCUCCUCAGGGUCAGUUAACAUUCAAGGAUGUGGCUGUUGACUUCUCACAGGAGGAAUGGGAAUGUCUUGACUGUGCUCAGAGGGCAUUGUACAUGGAUGUGAUGUUGGAGAAUUACAAUAAUCUGCUUUUUGUGGAGAAUCAAUACAUGUGUCCUGAAUUUGAGAACAUGUUGAAUCAAGAUCUACAGCAUAUUGUCCACGAACAUGCAAAUACCCAAGUGAAAUCUUAUGAAUGUCAUGAGCUUGACAAAAUCAUCCAUGAGUCCACAGGAAGUGCACCUUCUAAAACUAACCUCAGGGCUACAUCUGUUGAAUCAUCAAACCUAAGCAGACAUGAAACUGAAAACAACAGAGAACCUUGCAAAGAUAAAAACCAUGUAAACUGUUUCAAUUUGUGCUCUACCAUUAGUCUAAAUCAAGGAAUCAACAUAGGAAAGAAAGAAUACAAUGGUGCAAAGCUUGAUAAGGUUUUUGACUCUAAAGAAACCCUCAUAUUGAAACAAACCAAAAGUGUAAAGAAACCUUACAAAUGUAGUGAAUGUGAGAAAUGCUUCAUUCAAGUUGGUGAUCUUAGAAAACAUCAGAGAAUUCAUAAAGGAGAGAAACCUUACAAAUGUAAUGAAUGUGAAAAAUGCUUUAGCUACAAAAGCAGCCUUAGAACUCAUCAGAGAAUUCAUACAGGAGAGAAUCCUUACAAAUGUAGUGAAUGUGACAAAUGCUUUUCCCACAAAGGCAGUCUUAGUAUUCAUCAGAUGUAUCAUACAGGCAAGAAACCUUACAAAUGUAGUGAAUGUGAGAAAUGCUUCAUUCAAGUUGGUGAUCUUAGAAGACAUGAGAGAAUUCAUACAGGAGAGAAACCUUACAAAUGUAAUGAAUGUGAAAAAUGCUUUAGCUCCAAAACCAACCUUAGAACUCAUCAGAGAAUUCAUACAGGAGAGAAGCCGUACAAAUGUAGUGAAUGUGACAAAGGCUUUACUCUAAAAUGCAGUCUUAUCAUUCAUCAAGUGUAUCAUACAGGCAAGAAACCUUACAAAUGUAGUGAAUGUGAGAAAUGCUUCAUUCAAGUUGGUGACCUUAGAAAACAUCAGAGAAUUCAUACAGGAGAGAAACCUUACAAAUGUAGUGAAUGUGACAAAAGCUUUACCCAAAAAGGCAGUCUUAGUAUUCAUCAGAGAAUUCAUGCAGGAGAGAAACCUUACAGAUGUAGUGAAUGUGACAAAGGCUUUACUCUAAAAUGCAGUCUUAUCAUUCAUCAAAUAAUUCAUACAGGAGAGAAAACUUACAAAUGUAGUGAAUGUGACAAAUGCUUUUCCCACAAAGGCAGUCUUAAAGUUCAUCUGAGAAUUCAUACAGGAGAAAAUCUUUACAAAUGUAGUGAGUGUGACAAAUGCUUUACAAAGAAAUGGCGUCUUACAAGUCAUCAGACAAUUCAUACAGGAGAGAAACCUUACAAAUGCAGUGAAUGUGACAAAUCUUUUACCCUGAAAGGCAAUCUUAGAGAUCAUCAACGAAUUCAUACAGGAGAGAAACCUUACAAAUGUAGUGAAUGUGACAAAUACUACACUCGAAAAAGCCAUCUUAUUGUUCAUCAGAAAAUUCAUGCUGGAGAAAAACCCUACAAAUGUAGUGAAUGUGACAAAUACUACACUCGAAAAAGCCAUCUUAUUGUUCAUCAGCGCAUUCACAUAGGAGAAAAACCUUACAAAUGCAGUGAAUGUAACAAAUGCUUUACCAACAAAUAUCAUCUUAGAACUCAUCAGAGAAUACAUUCAGCUAAUAAACCUUACAAAUGUAGUGAAUGUGACAAAUGCUUUACUGAAAAAUACAGACUUAUUAUUCAUCAGAGAAUUCAUACAGGAGAGAAACCUUACAAAUGUAGUGAAUGUGACAAGUACUUUACCCGAAAAAGCAGUCUUAAUGUGCACCAGAGAGUUCAUACAGGAGAGAAACCUUACAAAUGUAGUGAAUGUGACAAAUGCUUUUCUCUUAAAGGUGAUCUUAGAAAACAUCAGAGAAUUCAUACAGGAGAAAGAACCUUACAGAUGUGAAUGUGACAUGUGCUUUACCUAAAAAUUCAAUUGUCAUCUUCAUUAGAGAACUCAUACAGGAGAGAAGCCUUACAAAUGUAGUGAAUGUGACAAAUGCUUUACCCAUAAAAGCAGUCUUAAAAUUCAUCAGAGAAUUCAUGCAGAAGAAAAUCUUAAAAAUAUAAUGAAUGUGACAAAUGCUUUAGCCAAAAACAAUCACUUAUCAGAGAAUGCAUACAGUAGACACCUUCACAAAUGAAGUGAAUGAGAAAAAUCCAUUCCCAAAGAAAACCACCUUAGAAUUCAUCAGAGAAUACAUAUAGGAGAAGGAACUUAUAAAUAUUGUAAAUGUUCAAAUCCUUCAGUGUUGGUUCACCACUUAAAAUACAUCAAGAAUGCACUCAGGUUAAAAAAAAAAAAGGAAAAAAAACCCUAUGAAUGUGAUAUAUGAGGAAUGGUCUUUACCCAAAUCUCAGACCUAAGAAAAUACCUGCUAAUUUAUAUUCAGAAAAAAAAAGUGUCCAUUGGAAAAACUAUGACAUGUGCUUUAUUCCAGCGGUAUUGUUUGCAACACUUGAAGCUCUACACUAGAGAAUUAUUACAUAUGCGAGGAAGUUGGAAAAACAUUUAAAUAAUCCUCAAAUCUUAGGAGUGACCCAGGGUUUAUGCUCAGAGAAACUGAAAAUGCAGCAAUGAAGGAAAUCUUUCAUUAAAAGUUUUUACUUGUUCACUUUUAAAUAUGUCAUGAUGGAGAAGCUAAAAGAAUAUGGAGUUGUAUAAACUUUCCUGGAGACUGAAUUGAUCUAUUUCAAAGAGAAGCUGUGAAAUACAUGCCUCAAAAUAGCUAAUGAAACUGACAGCAUUCUGUAUGUUUAACUCAAAGGAACAUACUCAAAUUAUACUUCUUAAAAGAGGAUUUGACAAACUGAGCCACAAAGAUAAGAUGCUCUUUAUCCUGUUCAGAUGCCUACAGAUAAGCGGUUUGCUUCCAAUUUCCACUAUUUAUCAUCUGUAUCUUCUGCUGGUUUUAAGUUUCAGGAUAGCAAUUGUCUUUGAGUCCCUUGUGCUCUCAUUUACUAACUGCUUCCCCUAAGUCCUGUAUGUAACUCCAAUAAAUCUCAUUGGUUUAACAAGUUGAA